AUGGGAUUAUCAUCCAAAGGUCUGGAGGAGGGUGUUGUAAUUACACCUCCCGACGAUGACAUGAAGCCGGUACCGGGCCAACUGGGUGAUCUUCCCAAUUCAGAAGUUCAUCGUGGAUUGAGUUCCCGACAUGUUCAAUUCCUGGCGCUAGGUGGUUGUAUUGGGACUGGAUUGUUUGUUGGUAGCGGACAAUCAUUGUCCACUGUUGGCCCUGGUAAGCUUGUGGUCUGGAUAUAUUUUCGAGGAUGUGUCUACUACAGGACUUGCCGGAAGCUACAUUUUACAGUGAGAUUGUUAUCCCGAACUAACAGUUUUUAUAGCGCCUUUGCUCAUGGGAUAUAUUGCCAUAUCUACUGUCGUGUAUUCAUCAUGAAUAUACUGGGCGAAAUGACCACCUACCUGCCUAUGCGCGGUGUUUCCGUCCCAUAUUUCAUCAACCGAUUUACAGAGCCAAGCCUGGGAUUCGCUAUUGGCUACAACUACUGGUACUCCUUUGCCAUGCUGACUGCAUCUGAAGUGACGGCCGCUGGACUUGUUAUUCAAUAUUGGCCUUCAUCAGUUACUGUCGGUGUAUGGAUUACAAUUGUUCUUUUUGCGUCAUUGAAGAUCAUCGCUAUCAUCGGCCUAAUCAUCGUCGGUGUGAUUCUUUUCUUUGGUGGAGGUCCCAAUUAUGACCGACUAGGAUUCCGUUAUUGGGAGAAUCCGGGUGCCUUUGUGGAGCCCUAUCUCGUACCAAAUGUCAACACUGGGAGAUUCCUGGCUUUCUGGACAGCAUUGAUCAAAUCAGGAUUCUCGUUCAUUUUCUCUCCUGAGCUGAUCGCCACAACCGCUGGAGAAGCUGUCUCCCCUCGUCGGAACAUCCCCAAGGCUACGAAUCGUUUGAUCUACCACCUGUUCACAUUCUAUGUCAUGGGCACCCUCGUCAUCGGAAAUGACAAGAAUCUGCUACAGGGUGUGGCCAGUGGAGGAUCUGGCGCAAGCGCUAGUCCGUUCGAGGUCGGCAUUCAGAAUGCUGGUAUCGGACUGAACCAUGUUAUCAACGCAGCUAUUCUCACCUCUGCUUGGUCAUCAGGAACUCUUGGGUCUAUGCUGUAUCACGUACCUUGUACUCCAUGGCAUGCGAGGGUCAGGCACACCAAGAUCUUUACCCGCUGCACUAAGGAUGGAGUACCAUACGUUGUUGUCUUAAUCACCUGGGCGAUUGGUCUGCUAUCUUAUUUGAACCUCUCCAACUCGGGCUCGAAUGCCUUCUACUGGUUCACUAAUAUCACCACGGUUGGAGGAUUCAUCUCGUGGGUUCUCGUUGGUGUCGCUUAUCUGCGCUUUCGCCGGGCUUUGGAUGUUCAUGGCCUUCUCGAUUCUCGACCUUUCAAAACGCCAUUCCAGCCACGGGGUGUCUACUAUGCGAUUGUUGUGGUGUCCCUGCUGGCCAUUACUAACGGCUAUACGAUAUUCUUCCCUGGCGCAUUCACAGCCUCGGGAUUCCUCGUGUCGUAUGUUGUUUUCGCCAUAUUCUUCGUUUUAUAUUUCGACCACAAGAUCUGGUAUCGCACCCCUUGGAUGGUCCCAGCGGCGGAUAUUGAUAUCUUCUUUGGCAGAGAGGAGAUUGAUCGGCUGUGUGAAGAGGAGGUUGAGAAGGUACCGCGUAACUGGCUACAAAGGUUUUGGUGGUGGAUUGCGUAG